AUGUUGUUCUCUAGUGCACAUUGGUAUCUUGUCAGAGCUUUAAAUAGAGGCAACGGCAGCUAUUUGGCCAGAUGUCUAGCAGGGGGCACUGUCCAUGCAACAGUGAUAUUCAAUGUACCUGACAAAAACGUAACCAAAAAGAUUGAAGUUGUACAGAAUGACUUGACAAAGGAAAAUGUGGAUGCAAUUGUGAAUGCUGCAAACUCCUGGCUGAAACAUGGUGGAGGAGUAGCUGGAGCAAUUGUUAAAAAUGGUGGAGAUCAAAUUCAAAACGAAAGUGAUGAAUAUGUAGCUAAAUACGGUCCCAUAAAGACCGGAGGGAUUGCUGUUACCAGACCUGGAAGUCUUCCAUGUAGUAUUUUAAUCCAUGCAGUAGGUCCGGUUUGGAUGGGAGGGCAAAAAGAUGAAGACAGCAGUCUCCACUCAGCCAUGUACAACUCUUUGUCCGAGUGUCAUUCAAGGCUUCUGAGCAGUGUAGCUGUCCCCGCCAUUAGUAGCGGUAUUUUUGGAUUUCCUAAGGCACGAUGCGCGAAGAUUCUGUUCUCGGCUGUGUUGGAAUUCUUCCGCGCUGAGCCCAAGAGCUCUGUUAAUCUCGUGCGUCUUACAAACUUUGAUAAACCAACUGUAGAAAUUUUUAAGGACGCUGCAGCUGAUUUAAACGAAGAACCCGAUAUAAGAGUGGAGCUAGGCCAAGCGUCGUGAAAUUUAGUUCUUUUUAAUACCUCUACGCUUAACUUCAAAGCAAACCAUAUUUACAAAUUACUCACCAAAGUGGAGAUAAAUAUCCACCACUUUUACCGACACUUUGGUGAAUAAAUUUUUUAGUGUAAACCACGCUGAUACCAAAAACUUAGUUUAUUUCUUUCAAUAUACCGUAAAAUGGUGAGAAAUUAAUUACGGGCAUGAGGCGUCAAGAACAACUUCUCGCUCGUGCAAUUCUAUGUCGCCAUUUUUGCGCCUUUUUUCUAAGUAUUUGCGAAACCAAAAGCUUCGCUGCGUUGAAAAGGGGACAAUUCUGCUUUUUUCUCAUGAGCCUAGAAAUAGUUGGAUCGUAAAUCCGUGGUGUAAAAAUGUCAUUUAGUUUCGUAUGUUUUUAUGUUCAUAAGGCUGCAGUUGUUAAACUCAAAUUUGAGAGAUACGUGCCAUACGUUUUUUUGGAUAAAAGUUUCGCAUGUUCACGCGUACUUACGAACUUUAAAUUGGUUAGUAGGGGGACUGAAAUGCACGGGGUGGUUUCGGAAGUUGGUGUGAUGUAUUUUUGCAUGCGCUUUUUAAUUUUUCAAAUUGCCAUAUUUUAUUGGCAUACUUCAUGGUUUCGUGGGCGCUCAGUAAAUACUUAUUUUUUAGAUACUUCCCCUCAGGUCUCGCCCACGUUGGGCAGGUGUUCAGGAAGACAUGUGAGUCCGUAUAAAGAAAGAUACCAAGCGAUUAAAAAGCGAAAUUGGAAAAUGUUUCACGGAACAAACCAAAAUUUUCUUUCUAACCAUGAAUAAUUUUGUGUCGCUUUUUACUCUACUUCAUUUCGUUCUUUUUUGCUCCUUCAAUUUAAGGGCCCUACAGUUUUGUUUUUGUCCAUGUAGGCGUAGGGAAAAAUUAAUUUCAGCUUUAUUGAUAUACUAAUCAUUUAAGCUUUAUGAACGUCCUCGAUGAAAGAACUGUAUUAUUACAAACUGUCAGUAGCUUCUAUCCAUAUGUUUAUUUUCAAUUCUUCGGCGGUUGGAGAGUCUCUUAAAUUGUGCUCCCUUUAAGUAGAGCGCGUUAUCGCAAAAAAUUGUUAUAUGGGUGAUCGUAAAUAUCCAUCUUGUCCAUUACGGUGACUAAGAUAGACUAAACCAUUUUUGCCUGGCAAAGUUGCAAAUUAUUCAAUUCGCAAAAUACCAUCGAUUUGGCUUGAGUGUAACAGCCAAACGAUUGCCACAAUAUAUUUAUUCAUUCUUUCAUUUAGAGUAAUCUUCCCCAAUAUAGUUAAAUUACCUCGUUUGACGGAAAGGUACAAUAAUACUAACAUUUUUGUCGUAAAAAUUGCAAGAAAAAGGAGAUAAAUCUUACUGCAUUUAGCA